CCAGAGGUUACAAUGAAGCACACGCGUAGAUGUUCAAGUUCGUGCUGCUGUUCCUGACGCUGUCGGGCCUCCAAGCUGUUCCACUUGCAGUCCCUAGACGUUUGCAGAAGACAUCUUCAACCUACCAGCUUGCUGAUGGCUUUCAACAAGGUACCGAGCCCUCCAGGAAAUUCCUUGUUGACCUCAACACUGGCCUUGUGCAGGAACACAUCAGUGAGAUGGACAGGCGAGUGGUCCCUGUUGAUGUUCCAGCCCAGAAGAAUGGUGGUGGUUGGGUCCGGGUAGAGGAACCCUCUGCUUCUCAUCUCCCAGAUGGUUUCAGACAGGAAACCGAACCCAUGAGGUUCAUCCCAGAUGGUUUCAGACAGGAAACUGAACCCAUGAGGUUCAUCCCAGAUGGUUUCAGACAGGGAACCGAACCCAUAAGGUUCAUCCCAGAUGGUUUCAAACAGGGAACCGAACCCAUAAGGUUCAUCCCAGAUAGUUUCAAACAGGGAACCGAACCCAUAAGGUUCAUCCCAGAUGGUUUCAGAAAGAGAACUGAACGAAUGAUGUCUAUCCCAGAUGGCUUCAGACAGGGAACUGAACCCAGGAUGUCCAUCUCAGAUGGUUUCAGACAGGGAACAGAACCAAUGAUGUCUAUCCCAGAUGGCUUCAGACAGGGAACUGAACCCAUGAUGUCUAUCCCAGAUGGCUUCAGACAGGGAACUGAACCCAUGAUGUCUAUCCCAGAUGGCUUCAGACAGGGAACUGAACCCAGGAUGUCUAUCCCAGAUGGCUUCAGACAGGGAACUGAACCCAUGAUGUCUAUCCCAGAUGGCUUCAGACAGGGAACUGAACCCAUGAUGUCUAUCCCAGAUGGCUUCAGACAGGGAACUGAACCCAUGAUGUCUAUCCCAGAUGGCUUCAGACAGGGAACUGAACCCAUGAUGUCUAUCCCAGAUGGCUUCAGACAGGGAACUGAACCCAGGAUGUCCAUCCCAGAUGGCUUCAGACAGGGAACUGAACCCAGGAUGUCCAUCCCAGAUGGCUUCAGACAGGGAACUGAACCCAGGAUGUCCAUCCCAGAUGGCUUCAGACAGGGAACUGAACCCAGGAUGUCCAUCCCAGAUGGCUUCAGACAGGGAACUGAACCCAGGAUGUCCAUCCCAGAUGGCUUCAGACAGGGAACUGAACCCAUUCUUACAAUCCCAGAGGGCUUCAGACAGGGUAAUGCACCUUCCACCUCUGUGCUCCAGACAAAGACAGUGGCAUGUAAGGGGGAGGUCAUCAAUGAAAACUGCUACGAGUUCAACCCUACGCUGCUGGCCUUCCAAGAUGCACAGGCCCUAUGCAGAGCUCUCGCCCCAAAUGCUGAGCUUGCAUCUGUAGCCACUGGCGAUCUGCAUAUCCGCCUGGUCUCCCUGGUGACCAAGGGUGGCGAGAACAACCCUGUGUUGACCUGGCUGGGAGGCAUGGUGAAGAACGAGAAGGCAUCAUGGGCAGACGGGUCAGAGUGGCGUUACAGCGACUGGAUGCCGGGUCACCCCAACAUCCACACUGAUAAACCGGUCUGUGUGGAGAUGUUCAAGAUGGAUGAGAGCUGGUGGACGGCCGCCGACUGUGAACUGAAGAGAGCGUCCAUUUGUUCGUACCAGAUCCCUGCAUGAAAACCACAAAGAGACAUAAGCGGGUGGCUCCCUUGACACUAAUUUGACCUACCCUUCUCUGUAUACAUUUGUAUUUACUCAAA